AUUCCCUCCCUCGUCGUCGUGGCCGGAGCCACCAGACACAUGACUAUUAAUUGGCAAUGGCGCGUCCCCCAGAUUCCAUGGAAAUCCCCAGAGAGACUGCCAUCGCAUAGAUUACACAGCAGCCGCCAUCUCCACCACAUACGUUAAGGGCUCCCAUCAUGACUGCGGUCAAUCACAAGCCAAAUGGCUGGCUCUUGUUCAGCUGCACCAUCAUGUCGAUGGGUGCCAUCUUCUGCCAUCUUCUGGGGCUACGACAUUGGCAUUCUGAGCACCAUCUACGUUUCGCCUGGCUUCAAGGCCGCCCUCGGCUUCCCUUCUUCGGGCGACAUUGGACUCAUCACCGCCAUCUUCUAUGCUGGGCAGUUCAUCGGCUUCGCGUUCCUGGCUGGCCCCGUCAACAACCGACUGGGUCGUCGCUGGGCGGGCUUCUGUGGCGUGGUGGUUCUCUGCAUCGGAGCGGCCCUGCAGACUGGUGCUAUCCACCUUGCCAUGAUGGUCAUUGGCAGAAUCAUUGCUGGAUUGGGCACGGGUGUUGUGUCGACUUCGGUUCCCUUGUAUCUGAGCGAGAUUGCGCCCGCUCAGCACCGCGGUUUCUAUGUUGCUGCGAAUCAGGUCGGCAUUGUGUUCGGUAUCUCAAUGGCCUUUUGGGUCGGCUACGGCUACUCCUUCUGGAACUACGGCAACGGUAUCGAUCUCGAGUGGCGUCUUUCCAAUGCCAUGCAAUUUGUUCCUGCUUUGAUGUUCCUGUCUGGCGUCCCGUUUAUCCCAGAGAGCCCCCGCUGGCUGAUUGAGCACGAUCACGCAGACGAGGCAGCCAAGGCCCUGUCAAAGCUGCGUGGCGCGACUCUGGAGGAGGUCCAGCCCGAGCUCGAUGAAAUCCACGCCAACAUUCUGUGGCACAAGGAGAACUCCAUCACCUCUGCCAAGGUCUUCCUCAAGGAAAAGGCCCUUUGGUCGCGACUCUGGCGUGCCUGGGCCCUGUCCUUCCUGCAGCAGAUGAGUGGCGCGGCGGGCAUCCGAUACUACUUGCCCACCAACUUCAUCGCUGCUGGCACGUCCAAGGACCUUAGCUUGCUUGCUUCUGGCAUCGAUGGAACAGUCCAGGUCGCCUGCACGGUCGCAGCCAUGUUCUUCAUCGACAAGCUUGGUCGAAGGCAUUCGCUGGGUAUUGGCGCCAUCAUCAUGGCGUUCUGCUUGAUGAUCAACGGUGCACUACAGCUAGCCUAUCCCGAUCAGUCCAACUCGUCGGCGAAUUACUGCAACAUCUUCUUCAUCUUUCUUUUCACGGUCGGAUACAGCAUGGGCUUCGGGCCUUGCGCCUGGAUCUACGCAUCCGAGAUCUUCCCAGCCAACUGCCGGUCGAAAGGUCUUGGCCUCUCUGUCUCUGGCGCCUCGCUGGGCUCCAUCAUCGUAGGCCAGGUCUGGCCCAUUGCCGUGGCGAACAUUGGCCCGCGCGUCUACUUCGUCUUCAUGUCGUUCAACGUCUUUUCUGCCGUUCUGGUGUACUUGUUCUACCCCGAAACGAAGAAGAAGACGCUGGAGGAGCUCGAUGCCCACUUUGGCAAGCUGAAUAUCCAUAACGGGGCUGAAGCAUCGCCUGCAAAGGUCUUUGAGCAUGACCAUGUUGAGAUCUCUGGAAAGACUGCCUGAACUGGUAUUGGCAACAAUUGUUGUGGCAAUGGUCCAUAACCUGCAGUGGCUUAAAUGUAACAUUAGAUCUCGAUAACAAGCAGUAUGACAAUGGAUGCUUCCAGCCGUAUCUAGUGUCUCCACAGCUUUUUAAAUACA